AUGACCCGUCGAACCGUGGUAGUAGUAGCAGUAGCAGCAGCGAUACUAUGCCCCGUCGCCGCCCCUUACGGCCCCGUCGCCGCCCCUUACGGCCCCGUCGCCGCCCCUUUCGGCCUCGUCGCCGCCCUUCAGAGGCCUCAUUGCCGCCCUUCCGCGGCCCCGUCGCCGCCCUUUCGCGGCCUCGUCGCCGCCCUUCAGCGGCCUCGUCGCCGCCCCUCAGCGGCCUCGUCGCUACCCUUCAGCGGCCUCGUUGCCGCCCCUUGCGGCCCCGUCGCCGCCCUUCGCGGCCCUGCCGCCCUUCCUUGGCCCCCUCAGCCGCCCUUCUCGGCCCUGUCGAGCAGCCGAGCCGCCGUCACCGCCGAGCCACCGAGCCGCCCUUGCCGCUGUGCCGCCGAGCUGCCGAGCCGCCGAGCCGCCGAGCUACCGAGCCGUCGAACCCCCGAGCUGCCGAGCCGCCGAGCCACCGAGCCGCCCUGCAGCCGAGCCGCCGAGCCGCCACUCCACGCCACCGCAGCCGAGACGCCGCAGUCCCUGCUGACGCGGCCCUGUCCCUGCCGGCCUGCCUCGGCCCGCCCCACCUGCCUGGGUCGGGCUGUUGACUUUGAGGUCUGGGUAGAUGAUCUGCGGCUUUUCCUACAGUGCGAUAGGGCAGACGGUCUCUCUCUGUUUGACCUCACCUCUGGUGCCUCUCCUGCCCCUGCUGCUGAUGCUGACGCCAAUGUUCGCUCACAGUGGGCCACGCGCGAUGCUGCUGCUCGCCUUGCUGUGCGCCGCCACUUACCGACCGCUGAGCGCGCGCAUUUUAGUCAGUUCAAGAGUGCUAAGACCGUGUACAACGCUGUCGUUGCACGCUACUCUUCCCCUGCCACUACUGCCCUUAGCCGCCUCAUACUGCCGUACCUCUUCCCUGACCUCUCCGCUUUUCCCACAGUCGCUGACCUCAUUACGCACCUUCGCACUAGUGACAUUCUUUACCGCGCUGCGCUUCCUGCUGAGUUCUGCGCCAAGAACCCCCCCCCUAUGUACAUCACCCUCUACUACAUAGUCACCCGCCUCCCUGACACCCUUCGCUCGGUCAGGGGCCACUUCCUCUCUGUUUGCCCCACCACCCUCACCGGUGACCUCCUAGAGGAGCGCCUCCUAGCAGCAGAAAAGAGGAAAGUCGCUGUAGGAGCCUCUCGUGGUGACCUUCGUACCCCUGUCUUUGAGGGGUGCUCCCCCUCCCCCCUCUUGCCCUCUGUUGCCUCUGCUGCUGCGGCCGACCUCGUUGGUCUUGAGUCGGUCGGCGCGGCGUCUGCCCCUAGCGGGAGACGCCUCUCAGGCAAGGGCAAGGGGGGCAAGGGCGCUGGAGGAGCUGGCGGGGGCGGUGGAGGCGACGGUGGAGGCGGCGGAGGGGGUGGGGGUGGCGGUGGGAGUGGUGGCGGGAGUGGGGGCACUAGUGGCGACAGUGGAGGUGGAGGAGGCGGCGGCGGUGGCAGUGCGAGCGGAGGUGGUGGAGGUGGAGGCGGUGGUGGAGGUAGCGGCGGCGGAGGUGGAGCUGGUCGGGGCGGCUCUUCGCAGAGGGUCGGCUCCGGUGGUGGUCAGCGCUAG